AUACCCUAAAUUCGUUGUCAAAAAAUGACAGAUGGUAGUAAAUGUCAAUUUAAGGUUAUGGACAUGUGACAGAAGUAAGCUGUAAAUAAAUAUUUACAAAUCACAAAUUUGGAUUCAAAUAAUUCACAAUGGGAAUUGAAGUCGAUGUUGAGUUUUGUGGGACUUGUGGAUAUUUUAAAAAGUUUGAAGAGUUAGCGCAACAUAUUAAAGCUAAAUAUCCUAAUAUUGAGUUGAAUGGACAUGAAGGCAGAAGAGCAACAUUUGAAGUUAAAGUAAAUGGGACUUUGGUUCAUUCUAAAUUAACUACUCUUGCUUAUCCUGAUUAUGAAGAUCUUUCUGCAAUUAUAGAUGAAGUGUCUCAAGGAAAAGAACCAAGAACUUGUAAACAGCAACCUAUCACCAGUUGUAUAAUAGCUUAAUAGAAUAUUGGUUUUAUUAGUCAGCCAAUGAGAUGUUUGUUUAGUAUUAUUUACAUCUAUUAAGAUUGUAAUUUAAAAAAUGUUAGGCAACUUCUAUUAAAUGGAUGGUGAUGUUAGGUAAUACCGAAAUUCCCUACUUGAGUACAAAAGAGAAACGUUAAAAUACUUAAAAUAAACACUUCUUUCUUGGUUA